AAAAGCAUGCACCGUUUUUUCUUUUGAAACAAUGUUGACAAAUAAAGUUUGUCAACUUUUGGAACACAUGCAGCUCAUUGGCAGUAAUCUACAUGAUGUGUUAUUCCCGCGGUAAAAUUUUCCAGACAACCCUCCACUUUUAACCAUUUAUGACUUGUGAUAUGUGACAGAUUUAUUAAAAUUAGUGAGAACGGGUACAACGACAAUUUUAAAAUGGAUUAUGUGUCCGAAACAGAAUUGGAGGGCGACACGGAGAUAGAGAUGGGUAUGGUAGAUGACGUCGUCUAUUCUCAGGAGUUUUUGCCAACCUUUGAGAGUAUACCUGAGGGGGCAUCAGUGCCCAAAGUGGAGAAGGCUGAGUUCAACGGCAAAUCUGACUCUCUGUUCUUCAAUGAUGGGGUUAGACGGAUCGACUUUGUCUUAGUCUAUGAAGAUGAGGACAUGAAGGAGAUUGACAAAAAUAGAACGUUCCAGAAACGUAAACAACGCAGAGAGUACUUUGAGGCCAGCUUGAUGAAGAUGGGGAUGGAACUAGAGGCUGCCAGAUCUGUGGUAGAUGAGAAGCUGUUGUUCGUCAAGGUGCACAUGCCCUGGGAUGUGCUGUGUACCUACGCCGAGGUCCUCCACAUCAAGCUGCCCAUUCAGCCCAAUGACCUGUCCACCACGUCCUCACCCUUCAACUUCCUCAGCUGCAUCACCAGACACUUCUACCCCAGCGAGGACCUCAUAGCCAAGGAGACGGAGUACUUUACUGCCCCGUUCGAGAAGGACAGGCUGGAGUACUUCUACGUGAAGGACCGGGACCUCUUCUUCACGCCAUCCAUGAGGAGUAGAAUGGCCUACUACAUCCUCAGCCGAGCCCCCUAUGAGGUGCGAGGGAACAUCAAGAAGUUUGGUGUCACAAAGCUGCUCGAUGGGGGGGUGUACAAGGCUGCUUAUCCCCUGCAUGAUUGCAGAUUCAACGUCAGGUCGAAAGAAGAUGAGUGCCCCAAUGAGAGAUACCUCCUGUAUAACGAGUGGGCUCACCCUAAAAGUUUCUAUAAGAUGCAGCCACUUGAUCUCAUAAGAAAGUAUUAUGGGGAGAAGAUUGGAAUUUACUUUGCUUGGCUGGGCUUCUAUACAGCCAUGCUAGCCCUCGCUGCCAUUGUUGGACUUGGCUGUUUCAUUUAUGGGUACACGACUCAAGAAACAAGCACCUGGAGCAAAGAGGUGUGCGACCCUUUGAUUGGAGGAAAUAUUGUGAUGUGUCCGCAGUGUGAUAAGGAGUGCACAUACUGGAGGCUGAACAGCACCUGUGAAUCUUCUAAAAAACUGUGCAUAUUUGAUAACUAUGGGACGCUGGUGUUUGCUGUCUUUAUGGCCAUUUGGGUGACCGUGUUUCUGGAGUUCUGGAAGCGCUACCAAGCAGAACUGGAGUAUGAGUGGGACACCGUGGAGUUCCUGGAGCAGGAGGAGCAACCUCGUCCCGAGUAUGAGGCCAAGUGUAACCACGAGAGAAUCAACCCUGUCACACGGGUAAAAGAGAAAGUACCUUAUACAGCCUGUGGACGGUGUAUAAGAGUGUCUUUAGGAAUCGGGACCGUCUUAUUCUGGAUUGUGUUGAUCCUAGCAUCAGUGGUGGCCAUCAUCGUAUACCGACUGGCAGUGUUCUUCUCAUUUUCGACGAGACUCCAGUCUGACCUAAAGGAGCUCGAACCGUUUAAGGAGUAUGUGACCGCACAAAUGGCCACCUCCGUCACUGCUUCUAUCAUCAGCUUCGUAGUAAUCAUGGUGCUCAACAUCCUGUAUGAGAGGGUUGCCAUCUGGAUCACUGACUUCGAGCUACCAAGGACCAGGACGGAUUAUGAGAACAGUCUGACUCUGAAGAUGUUCCUGUUCCAGUUUGUCAACUACUACUCCUCCUGCUUCUACAUUGCCUUUGCCAAAGGGAAAGUGGUUGGUUACCCUGGGCAACCUGUUUACCUGCUGGGAAAGUACAGGAAUGAGGAGUGUGAUCCAGGAGGAUGCCUGAUUGAGUUGACAACCCAGCUCACUGUCAUCAUGGGCGGUAAAGCCAUCUGGAAUAACAUUCAGGAGGUGUUGCUGCCGUGGAUGAAGAAUUUGAUAUUCCGCUACUGCACACGUGUGGGGUCUGAAAAAGUGAUUCCGCGCUGGGAGCAGGACUAUCAGUUGCAGCCCAUUGGGAAGCUGGGCCUCUUCUAUGAAUACCUGGAGAUGGUGAUCCAGUUUGGUUUUGUGACUCUGUUCGUGGCCUCCUUCCCCCUGGCUCCUGUCCUGGCUCUGGUCAAUAACCUCUUUGAGAUCCGGGUGGACGCCUGGAAGAUCAUCACCCAGUUCCGCCGCAUGGUUCCAGAGAAGGCCCAAGACAUCGGGGCGUGGCAACCCAUUCUCCAAGGUGUCGCCAUCUUGGCUGUGGCAUCAAAUGCCAUGAUCAUUGCCUUCACAUCAGACAUGAUCCCACGAUUGGUUUACUACUGGUCUUUCUCUGUGUAUCCCUAUGGAGACCAUUCCAGUCACACCAUGCAGGGCUACAUCAACAACACGCUCUCUGUGUUCGACAUCCAGGACUUCUCCAACAAGAGCCGGCCCUUGCAAACACCUUACUGGUUCAAUAACAGCACCACCUGCAGAUAUCGAGAUUUCAGAUAUCCACCAGGACACCACAGACAAUAUGAAUACAGUAUCUACUACUGGCAUGUGAUAGCUGCCAAGAUGGCUUUCAUAAUAGUUGUAGAGCACAUUGUAUACCUGACCAAGUUCGUUCUGUCCUACGUGAUCCCGGACGUGCCUUACACAGUGAGGGAACAGAUCAAACGAGAGAAGUACUUGAGCCAGGUCAUCCUUCACGAGACCAACCUCAAACUGGUGACCAAACGCUUAAAGCCUGUCGCUGAUAAGAUACUUAAACACAAUGAGGACAAGGAGGAGGAGAUGGACCUUUACUUUUAAUCUCCGAAACUUUUUCAGAGAAGAGAGAGUCCUGCCUUUGUCAGGACCUACAAUAUUUACAAGUAUUGUGAGCAGCUAAAGAUGUAUUCAAUACAUGUUUUAAUAACUUUAAUUACUAUGAAUUAAUAUUAUUAACAUUAGUAGUAGCUUAAUAGCUUGGUGGGGACUACGACCAACCAAACCAGCCAUGAAGCUCAGCUCUGUUGCUCAGAUCUCUGGAUCUAUUGCAUAUUUAGCACUUUUAUGUCACUGAUUGUUACAUGUACACUGUUACAUUUAAUGUGUCUUGUAUUGUUAAAAUUAGGAUUCAAUGCCA